AUGGCUCAGUGGGAUCCUAUCAUGCUUAUUUCCCAGAUCCUCGCAAUCCAGGCGCUCCAUUAUUUAACGCUUGCUAUUCUGCUCCCACCAAUCCUCUCUUUUGGGGCAUCCCGACGCGCCCUCUUCUUCUCAGGAGGCCCAGCAAACGUCAACCUCGUCAUGUCAUGGCAUGAGCUCGCCGGCAGAUCGCCAAAGAGGCUGGACGAAGCCAUCCACGGCAUCUACAGCGGCGGCAGGCGACUCGCGACAUCGAAUACCUUUAGACCAGACGAAAUGAUCGAUUCUCAUCGCCGUUGGAUCAUCGCAAUCGUUUGGAUCAUCGCAUCUGUCGCAGAUGCUUAUUAUAUCUACUCAUUCAUUCGCAAACCUCGACUCGUUUUGGACUUUGCGUUGACGCUUCUCUUCAAUCAUCUGAUCCUCACCACGUAUUACACCGCCGCAUUUCCAACUUCCUUUUUCUACUGGGCCGUCAUGACCUUGUCUGCCGUUAUCAUCAUCACACUCGCCGAGCAGCUCUGCGUCCGUCGUGAACUCAGUCAAGACUUUAAGCCUCUCACGGGCGAUGAUCUAGAAGACCGGGACUCUGAGACGGCCGAUAAUGCGGAGAAUCUCGAGCUUGCACCAUUGGCUCAACGAUAA